AUGGUGUGUAAGUUGAAAAAACCAAAAUAUCGUGAUUUCAUUCCAUCAAAAAAAAUAUCGAAAUGGAAAUAAGUUGUAUAAUUUGUAGUGAUUUAUUCACGCAUAAUUCAGAGAUGGUUUUAAACCAAUGUGGUCAUAUGUUCCAUUACAGUUGCCUUAUACAGUGGCUGGAAAGAUCUAAAACUUGUCCACAAUGCCGUUGUAGAUCUACGGAGAAAUCACUUCAUAGGGUAUAUUUCAAUUUUGUUAAUACUGAACACAUAACAGAUGAUAUAGGAACACUUCAGGCUAAAUUAGAUAAUGCUAACUUUAAAAUUCAAAUGCUUAGUAAAGAUGUAAAAGAUAGAACUGAAAAAGCUGAUUUGAAGGAGGCUCAAGUUAUUCAGUUGAAGGAGCUGGUUUCUAGUUUAGAAAAUAAAAUUAGAUCUUAUGAAUCAGCACUUAAUGGUUUGAAAGAAAAGGUACGAUUAUAUAAAUCCAGGGCAUCUGAAGCUGAUAGGCUGAAGGAGGAGGUUUCAAGCUUAAAAUCCACAUUAGAUAAUGUAGAGAAAGUUCAGACUGCUAUACAUGGUACUAGGGCAGAAGUGACAGAAAUAUUAAGGAAUGAAACUAAUAUAGAAGCCUUGGCAUUAUUAUCUGCCACAUUGAAAAAAUCAUUAAUAGAUAAGGAACAUAAAACCAAUGUACUGCAAAAUCGCAUAAAGCAUUCUCAAAAUGAAUUAAUGAAAUAUAAGAGAGAUUAUAAUACUUUAGAAUCAACAACUGCAGAUCUCAGGAAGGAAUUAGAGGCAAAUAAAAAGUCUUGGGAAGAGGAAAAGAAAUACCUCAGACGUAAAAUUGAAGAACUCAGUAAUUUAUCAGAAGAACAAAAGAAUGGAACUCCUCAAAAUAUGAAUAAUAGUGUACAAAGAAUAUUGACAGAAAGCCCUGCACCAUUACCUAGAAGAAGAAUAGACUUAUUAAAAAUUGAUAAUCCAGAAUCCAAGGGUUCUCCAUCUGUGGCUGAGAAUGUCAUGAAUAUAUUGGAAUCAGAUUCGCCUUAUUUGAACACUAAAACAAACUACUCUUCCAUAUUCACAGCAAGAUAUUCCACAGCCCUUAACCAAAAGAAGUCAAUAUUUAAAAAUCAGACUACAUCAUCGUCAUCUAAUAUGAAACCGCCUACUGCAGAAACCGUGUACACAGGAUUAGGAGGUCAAGUGAAGGAAGAUUAUUUAAAAUUUCCUGACACAAAAUCAGUUCAAACAGGACUCAAGAGGACUAAGUCGUCUUCCGCUGUUCCUACUACAAAAUUUAGGAAGUUGGCACCACUAGCUUUGAAGAAAAUUACAGAUUAUACGAAGUGAAUAAUUUAUAUAUGUAUCAUCUUAUCCUCGCUAUUUUAAUUUUAUUACAUAUUUUUGUACACUAAUGUGAUUAACUUUACCUUGAACUACAUGAAGUCCAAUCUAUCUGUGCAGUCUCAGAUUUGAUCUCAAAAUUCUGGAAUGUAGUGGGCAUAAUUCAUUUUUUACACUGAAUUAUUUGGUACUGGUCAAGCCACAGAUAGAAUCACUACUUUAUAUAAGGGUAACUAAAAUUUUGUAUUUCAGGAACAUUCAAAAAGAAUUGUAACUUUUUCGGUUGAUGAUAUUUUGUAAGGGAGAAAAUUAAAGGAAUAAAACAACAGGAUUAACUUAA